UUUUUUUUUUCUUUUUAUCUUAUUGAUUCCUCUAUUAUACCAUCUUCUUCUACGGAUCUAUUACAAAACAAGAAACCUUGAUCAUAAUGGCAGUAGAUAAGUGUUGUUUCUUUGUAUCAUUACGGAAAGCGACUUUUACUAUCUUUACUCUUGAUUUUCUUUAUGGUCUCAUAUUUGCAAUUAUCUCCAUUGCUCGUCAACCAGCUUUCUCUGUGACCUUUGGUUCUCCUGGUGUCUUGUGGAUCUCUGUCUUGUUACACUUUGCAUAUGCUUUCUGGAGUCUAUUUGGCAUUUACCUAAUAGUUAAGGCUUCAGGAAAAUGGUUAGUACGAAUACCAACGUUUUACAUGAUUGCGUGUGGUUCUAUGGGAUUCUUACAGUUUCUUCUUUUGGUGGUAUCAGGUGUGUUCCGAUCGUCUGCUGUGUUAUUCUGUCAGGUAGAAACCCAGUGGUCUAAUGAUACUUGCUCGACGGCGAUAACAGUGGCCUAUGCUUUCCUUGGUCUAUCGUAUGUAGUAUGGACCGGGCUUCAUGUAUACUUUUGGUUUGUGGUACAGGCCUUCUCGUUGAAAAUGGAAAGUCGUCUAAGGUACUCGGCUCUCAAGGAUGCCUAUCUAACUGAAUGGGAUAAUCAAAUGGAUAUGAAUGGUGGUCAUUUACCAAGAUCUGGAUCCGUGAAAAGUGCUUAUAGUGUUAUUUAGAUCAUCCUCGUUUUAUUAUUUAUUUUUAUUUUUAUUUUUGUAGUAUAUUUGUAUUCUUCAUUCUUUUCAUACUUCCUCUACUUUCCAACUAUGUAUAUGAUUAUUUCUCCCCUUGUGAUUAUUCCAUACAAUAUCAGGGACACACUUUUUCUUUUGAUAUAUAUUUAAAUAAUAAAGGUUAUUUUGUAUUCCCAAUCG